UAUUAUGUUUGAAGGUAAAAAUUUCGCAGUGUAUUGUAAUAUGAAGCCAAUUAUUUUGGAUGCUAAUAAAAUUAAAUUGUUUGGUGUGCAUAGUGAGGAAUUUCAAAUAAAAUCUUGAAUCAAUUUUGCAGAAAUUAGAGUUUUUUUGUUGUAAUAAAUUUACCUCUCCUAAAAAGAUCAUUCAAAAAAGACAAAGUUGAGAAUAUUGUAUAAACAGGAAAAGAAUUAAUAACAUUGUUGAGUAAAGGGACAGGAAAUGAUGAACAACGGGUUUAGUUCUGGGGAGGAAGACUCUCGUGGAGGACAUACCGAUCAAACUUGUUGUCUGAUUGAUGACAAUGAGCGGUGUCGAAAUCCUGCUGGUUAUGCGUCAUAUAGCAAACGCAUACAGAAAACUGUGUCACAGAAACGUUUGAAAUUAAGUAGCGAUCCCACGGCUCAGCAUAUAUAUAUAUGUGACUAUCAUAAGGGUAGAAUACAAUCUGCUCGUACUAAACGACGCCGGAAGGACUCUGAAGAAGAUAGCAAUGAGACGGACACUGAUAUGCCUGAAGUUCCCGAUCUCUAUCAACUUCAAGUGAAUACACUACGUCGCUAUAAACGCCAUUAUAAAGUGCAAACAAGACCUGGUAUGAAACGCGCGCAACUGGCUGAUACUAUAAUGAAACAUUUUAAAACCAUACCAAUAAAAGAAAAGGAAAUUAUUACCUAUUUCGUGUACAUGGUUAAAUCAAAUGCAAACAAAUUGGAUCAGAAAAAUGGUAUUGGCAAUGACACUACUUGAUUGGACUGUUUUUCAAGCACAAUCUGAGUACUGUGGUGCUGUAAAAUACAAAUACUUUACAACUACAAUAUAUCAUUUAAGUUUAAAUAUUCUUCCGAUAUUUUAAGUUAAAUAUUUAAUGUUAACAUAAGAUGCAAAAUAGUGUUAAGUUUUUAUAAUAUGAUACUCUAAUAUAAAUGCAUCUUAUAUCUAAAAGAUAUAUUUAGUAAAACUACUGCUCAUUUCCCAGUUAAAAUACAAAUUCAAUAAACCGCAGAAUACGAUUAAAACUGUUUACCCUUAAAUAAAAGCCGUGUUGCAUGUAAGGUAAAAUGUGAUAAAGUAACUAAUUUGUACAGAGUCAUGAAAUUUUAUAUCAAUUAAGUCAAGUAUUUCAAAAGAAAUAAUAAAAAUGACAUCGACUUUACAAUACAAAACAUUUGUUUGCAUUA